AUGACGGAACACAACGUAUCAUACAAAGAAUCAGAACAUGACGUAGUGUUGGUCAGUCACAGUCCAGAGCAUCGGCGAGUUAGGAAAGACAAGCAGCAGUUCACAUCUCACCGCGAGAAAGUUUUUCAGAUAAAGCGAGCAGUUUCCUUGUUUUUAUUAUUCAGACUUGGUACAGUGUUCCAAUCAGAGGCCAUUUACAACUUUCUGCCUACUAUGGAGCCUGAGUCCAUGUCUGAACAACCACAGUGUCCAUCUCCAGCUCCUGUGAAACUCACAUGGGGUGAAAUCAUGGAUGCUGAGGAUAAUGAGAUGGAGAAUGUGGAGCCUUUCUGUUUCUAUAAUCCCUGGACCAUGGAUAACAUCAACCAGGUAGAGGAGCAGAAGGCAGAAGAGCAGGCCAAAGUCCAGCAGCUGCCUGUUAGAAACACAAAGCUCCAUAAUGAACGCCUCAGCAAGAAUAACAAGUUCCAAUCAGAGGCAAUUUCCAACUUUCUGCCUACUGUGGAGCCUGAGUCCAUGGCUGAACUACCACAGUGUACAUCUCCAGCUCCUGUGAAACUCACGUGGGGUGAAAUCAUGGACGCUGAGGACACUGAGAUGGAGAACGUAGAGCCUUUCUCUUUCUAUAAUCCCUGGAGCAUGGAUAUCAUGAACCAGGUAGAGGAGCAGAAGGCAGAGGAGCAGAAGGUAGAGAAGCAGAAGGUAGAGGAGCAGAAGGUAGAGAAGCAGGCCAGAGUCCAGCAGCUGCCUGUUAGUGACAGAAAGCUCCCAAAUGAACGCCUCUGCAAGAAUAAAAAGACAGUCAAACUACUGCUGAGGAACCUUGACUGCAAUGUGGAUGACGGACAACUGCAAGAGGAAUUCCGUCCUUUUGGAACGGUCAUCAGUGCAGAGGUCAAUAUGGAGAAUGGCCAUCCAAAAGGCACUGGCUUUGUCAUUUUUGCAUCUCCUGAUGAAGCCAGAAAUGCCAUCAUGAAGAUGAGCGGCAGGGUAUUGGGAAGCAGGCCGGUGUAUGUAAGUGUGGUUCAGAGCAAGGAGGAACAAAUCCAACCAAAUCCACACCAGGCUCAAAGCAACAUUCAGCCACAGAAUGAAUCUCCAGAAUUGAGGAGAAACAACCAACAGGACAGGAACAUACGCAGAGCGCAAACCACACUGCAGUCCCAGGAUGCACAGAAGAGUAAAGUCUUUGUAAAAAAUCUGGACUACAGUGUGGACGACAGGCGCCUGCAUGAAGCGUUCCUGCCUUAUGGAAGAGUCAUCAGUGCAAAGGUGACAGUGGAGAAUGGCCGCUCCCGAGGUUUUGGAUUUGUGAGCUUCUCCUCUCCAAAUGAAGCAGAAAAGGCCAUUAAAGAGAUGAAUGGAAGGAUGAUGGGCAGGAAGCCACUGUAUGUGAUGCUGGCUAACAACCAUAAGCAGCGCAAGGCUUCCCUCACCCAGACUGAGUGUAGAAGAAGCAGCGGUCCAACUGAGCCACACACAAGACCUCACAGCUUCUUGCAGAGGGUCCAUUCACAUCGUCGUCCCUCUGUUGCACCGGCCACCAGAUGAACCAUAUACUUCAAUCUUCAUACUUCCUUUUAUCAAUAUAUAUAUUUUGAUUUAUAUUAUUAUUAGAAAUUUUGUUUGGCAUGUGAAAAUC